CACACCAAGUUGUGUACACUAUACAACGACCUGUUUCUAAGCAGCUUUACUUACCUGGUUGGGGUUUGUGAUCUUUGCUGAGAUACUAAGCUAAACAGUGGAUUCCAAAUAAUGCUGGUUGUUUCGCUUUAACUUUUCUGAAUCAUCGCUAUGAUGCCAAGGCAGCGAUCAGCAAUCCCAAUGGGGUAUCAAGUCGACCGCAGAACUCACUGGUUGAUGGCAGGUGGGGGAUAUAACAGUGCUCUGUUGGUCGGUCAUCCGUCCCUUUAGCCACGGCGCCGGUGCUCAAAGUGUUGGAAGACCACUACAUCAUGUUCCGCCAUUACUAAGCUUCGAAAGUCGUUAUUUUUGGUGGAUCAUCGUCCGAAUGGACUGAGGCAUUAGCGGAAAUGGGACAUUCUUUCUUUCCCUCGCUUCUGGGCGACAAAAGCGGCCAACCUUCCCCUGCAAUGACGUUGACCGUUGGCCUCUCCCCAACUCUCCCACCAGACGGGGAAAUUUAUGCGUGCGAGAAGCAGCAGCAGAACCGCAACAAGAAGACGAAGAAGACAAAGAAAACGAACAGGAGACGGACUCUCGUUUCUUUGCGAUGGCACACGAGGAACAACCAAAGCAGAUCGACCACAAGUUGCGAGACUCAGCGGAAUCUGGUAUGGGGCGGGAAUGCGAGGAAUGGGUGGCAGUGGUCCGCCGGCGCAGCGGCAAGUGUCUGUCCUCGGGUAACCUUCGUGGAUUGUCUACGCUCGAAGCUCUCCCGCCCGAGUUUCCAGUCUCGACUUCAUCCCCUGGCUGCAGGUACACGGACAAGGUUUAAUAUGGCGGCAUUUACCCUUUAUUUUCAGCAUUUGCAAUCUCUUAGCUUUGCAGCCCAUUUCUUCCUCACUCUUUGCUCGGGGAAUGUUCAGAUUAGUGACUUACUAUGUAUCGUCGCUUGACAAAAAGCUUUGAUUUAAAGAAUACGUUAGCCAGAAGGUGUUUCUUCUCAGUAUCUGAGCCCAUAGAAAAUAAAUUGCUUGCAACUUGAGGUGCUUCCUGCUUGGAAUGUAGAGUAUGGAAACCAUUGUUUACCGAGAAAGGGACUUUUUUUUUUUUUUUCCUCUUCUUCAGCUGAUUUGGUUUUAUCAUUUGAUGCCACAAAUUCAUGCCAAUUUUGCAUCUCAAGCGUUCCUAAUCUUUUCCGAUAAAACUGCAAAAGGUUAAACCCGAUUCCUAAGGUAAUAACCCUUUACAACAAUGGUGAAUGCGUGAUGGAAAAUUAAUGCUUUUAAAUUGGUCACUCAUUUGCCAGGAUGUAAUUCUAUUAUUAAUUCAAAAAAUAUGGAAUCUUUUGUAUAUUCUUUCCUCCUACAGGGCAGAACUAUCAGAUUCAGACAAACCUAACAAUUCUGCAACAAGAUCGCAGCCUCCAGGCCUUGUGCCAGAAAUUAGUUUGCGGGAUCAGCUUGGAAAUGCUGCUACUUUAGAUGUUGGAGCAAGUGACAUCUCCUGGGAUACUCUAUACUCCCUACACCACACAAAACACACAAGCAGUAACGAAUAUUCUGAAGAUGAACUGAACAAAGCUUUGGAGGUGACAGUAAAUUCUGGAGGUGUAGUCUUCUUUGCUCUGUUUAACACAUGGAACGACGAUGAUCUUUCACCAAAACACACUGCUGCAGUCAUUAAAAUUGCACCCUCAAGAAUGGCAACACAAUCAGAACGCCUGGGUUAUGAAUUUGCAAAGUUGCUUGGAGUCAGGACGCCUCAAGCGAGAGUGAUCCAUAACUCUAGCACAGAAUGGCAAAUGAUCAAGGAUGCUGCAGAAAAAGCACGUGAUAUGGCAGUUGCUAGUGGAGAUGAAGUGGGUGAGGUUACAUGCUCAGAGUUGUUAGAAGCACUCGAGUUGAGUCGGUGCCUUUUCCUCAUGAAUUAUGUUCAUGGCUCACCUCUGGCGGAAAAUCCAAAUGCAUUUGAUUCAAGAGAAGCUGCUGAAAAUACUGCUGAAGCACUUGGCAGGGUCUUCGUCUUGGACCUUAUACUUCGUAAUGAGGAUAGACUUCCCUGUCCUCAACUUGGGUGGCGUGGGAAUCAAGCUAACCUCUUGUUUUCGAAUAAAAUGACCUCUUCAAACAUGGAUGCACUUGAUGAAGCUUAUGAUUCUGCCAUUAGAAGAUACAAACCGCGGAUAGUGAAAAGUUUUAGAAAAGAGGAGAAAGGGAGACGAGCAAUCUCUGUGAAUGGCAGACUAGAUUCUUAUGGUCCUCAGCUUACAGCUGAGGGCUCUGAUGGUAGCAUCACAUUCACUACCGGAUCCACAUUUAAUCAAGGAUCAGAAUGUGGAAAAAGUUCAGAUUUUUGUAUUGUGGCCAUUGACUCAGGGGUUCCUCGCAGACCUCCUGCAGGAAAACGGGCAAGAGAUCAAGAAAGUUACCCUAAGGUGGUCGAGCUUAUAAUCAAUAACUUGGAGUUCUCUUCUAAUCUACUCUACGAAGUGUCUUUUGGAAAGCUGGGAAUUCCUGGACCUGAGCACACUGAUGCACCAGGUGAUUCUUGUUCUUGUUUGUCUGAAUCUGAUAUGGUAACUAUCGUUCAUGCAUUCAGAGCAGGAUUUCGUAGUGCUCUUAGGGACCUGCAAGGUUUCCAUAUAUUUCUUCUGACAUUGUACCAGAAACUAGAGGGUAUCUUACGGAUGUUUCUGUCCAUUAUAAGUAAAAGUUUUAGUGAGUCAGACAAGGAUGAUUCUGGGGCUUCCGAGUCACCAUUACAAUAUGCCUGGUGCAACUUCAACUCCCAAUUCCCGGCAUGCAAGGAACGUGGUGUACAUGAGACACAUGCAGAUUCUAGUGAUUCCGAAUCUCGGAGAUGUUUGCACAAAUCUUUAGGGUCUCGAGAAAGCCUUGACAUAUCUCCUGGUUCUCGAGAGAACUGGAAUUGUAGGUACUUCAAAGGAAGUGGAGAAACUCCUCGCCUGCGGUUGACAAUGAAGCUUCGUGACUUUAACAAGUUGACUAAGGUAGAUGCUGAGUUGAGCAAGGAAUUGGAACAGUGGAAUGAAAUGCUUAGAACAGAUGUGGUGAAACUGUGUGAAGAGAACAAUUUUAUUACAGGCUUUUUUGAGGGGAAUGAUAACAACAUCGCUGUUGAUGCUUAUGAAUUGAAGGUCCGACUCGAGCACAUUCUUGAGAGAAUAUCACUUAUCUCUGAUGCAGCCAGUACAGAGCGGCCCUCUCCUAUUACAGAUUAUCUCUAUAUUGGUGGAGCACUGGCUGCAAAAUCUAUGUACACCCUUCAGCACCUGGGUAUCACUCAUAUAUUGUGCUUGUGUGCAAAUGAAAUCGGGCAAUCAGAUUCUCAAAAUCCUUACCUCUUUGAGUAUCAAAACUUCUCCAUAAGUGAUAGUGAUGAUGAAGAUAUCAGCAACCUCUUUGAUGAGGCUUCUGAUUUCAUUGAUUAUGUUGAACACUCGGGAGGGAAAAUAUUGGUCCAUUGUUUCGAAGGAAAAAGUCGGAGUGCGACUGUGGUACUUGCAUAUCUAAUGCUGAGAAAGGGCCUCACUCUAUCAGAAGCGUGGAGUAUGCUCAGGAAGGUGCAUCGCCGAGCCCAGCCAAACGAUGGCUUCGCUAAGACUCUUCUGGAUCUUGACAUGCAACUGCAUGGGAAGGCAUCAAUGGAAUGGCAGCAACGGAAGCCGAUGAUGAAGGUUUGCCCCAUCUGUGGGAAGGAUGCAGGUCUAAGCAGCAGCUCACUCAAACUCCAUCUCCAGAAGUCUCACAGAAGGUUGUCUUCUGGCAGUGUGGACAGCGCCAUGAGUUUGGAGAUUCAAAAGGCUUUGGAGGUACUAAAGGUCAGCCGUUGCAGCAGUAUCAGCUCAACUCAUCAGCAGUCCCAAUCGCUCAUCGAUGAAUUGUCUCUUUGAUGUCAUUGUCUCAUGCAUGUCUGCGAAGUAAUUCAGACUAUUUCUUUGCUUCAGAGUUUGGCUUUACGUCGUGUGACAACAAUAAGCUGCCUGUGAAAAAGAUGAUCGGGUGUGCAAUAGAUCAGCUGAGGCCAAAAGUUUGACGUACGUCUGAGACUUUCUGUUGUAUGUUUCUGUGGAUUGAAGUCUAGGUGUGCGUGCCAAACAUGCUAGAUUCUGGAAUACUACAUAGGUUACCACCAAAAUAAGUUUAUGCCGCAGAAGGCAUCUGUUGCACCUUUGCCACUUCUUUCAGAUAAGCAGUGCUCUCUUAUGGCACUU